ACUGAUCAGAAGCUUGAGAAAGCAUUUCAGGCAGAAGAAGCAGAAGAAGAAGAAUCAAGUUUGUCAAUUUGUGUCCAUCAUCCUCCUCAAAAUUCAUGGAUUCCAGAUACAUGGAAAUAGCUGCCCUGGGAAGACCUCUGUAUCCCGGCAUGCUGUACGAUUGCCGCAGGGACACCUUUAUUCCAGGUGUUACUUUAUGGGAUAAGAAAGCAUUGCGCGAUGACCUUGAUGUACAUCAGCAGCCUAAAACACAUCUGAAGUUUGCUGCCUCCGACACCCUCAGUGAUAAGGCCAACCUCCUAGAUAUAAGUGCUUCCCUUAAAGCCAGUUUCCUCAGUGGUUUGGUGGAAGUUGGAGGAUCGGCCAAGUACCUGCGUGAUAGCAAAUCCUCAGCACGUCAGUGCAGAGUUACUAUGCACUACAGCCAGACCACAAAAUUUGAACAACUCACUAUGAAGGAGCUUGGCAAUAUCACCUAUCCACAAGUAUUUGACCAGAAAACAGCCACCCAUGUAGUUACAGCUGUACUGUAUGGAGCUCAGGCUUUCAUGGUGUUUGAUUAUACAACUGAUGUAAAUGAGAACAAACAGGCUGUUGAAGGAAACCUUCAUGCAGUGGUCAAGAAGAUCCCUACCAUUUCCAUUGAGGGGGAAGCAUCCCUAAAGAUGAAUGAAGAGGAAAAACAACUGUCUGAGAAUAUCAGUGUCACAUUUUAUGGUGACUUUGAGCUUGAAGAAAACCCCACCACAUACAAGGAAUCCCUGGAAGUGUACAAGAAGUUGCCCAUGCUGAUGAAGCAACGACAAAAUAAAGGUGUGCCACUGAAUGUGUGGCUGUAUCCUCUCACACUUUUGGAUGAUAAGGCUGCAAAGUUGGUGAGAGAAAUCAACGUGAGGCUGGUGGAUAAAACAGAACAUUUGCUGGAGGAGCUCAGUGAAGAGGAGAGGAGAUGCAAUGAUUUGAUCAAAAACCAAAUGGCAAAUGAUUUCCCUGAUCUAAAAGACAGAUUGUUAAGGUUUCAGACAUUACAAAAGAACUAUACGAGAUCAUUCCAGAAAGCACUCUCCAGACUUUUGCCAGCUAUUCGAGGUGGGACACAAGAGGACAAGGCAUUGGGGGACAUCCUGAAAAUCCAUUACACAUCACCCUUCACUGCUAGCAACAUGAACAAAUGGUUAGAUGAUGUUACAACUGAAGUAAAUAUUCUGAGUUCCUAUACCAGUCGGCUGAAGGACCUCACAGUUGUGAAAUCAUCUUGCUCACUCAGUUCCACCCUCUUGGAUCAUGAUGUUGAUGUGGCGAUAUGUUUGUCUUUUACAUCUCUCAAGUUUGAAGACUCCUACCUUGUGGCUAUACAAGACUUUGAGAACCUUGAAAGAUUUACAACGUUGGAUCAAACAAGUAAGAGUGAUUUCUCUCUCCAAGCCACACAGCCUUGGUUCACUUCUCCUGACGUUUCUGCGAGCAUGAGGCAGAAUAUUUCCCUCUUUACAAGUUUUUCAAAGGCCAAUAAAUAUGAGAAGAGAAUCAAGUUCAUCAUUGCCUCCAUAUGUGACCCCAGCAAUCCAGGAACCUCCAUCCGACUUUACCAGAAAGGCGCUCUGACAGAUCCUAGGUUCCAGCCUGUAUCCAAACCGGCUCCACCUGUGGUGCAGGCCAGUGAUGAGAAAGUCCUCCUAAAGCUUUCAAAAUCCCCAACUGGAGAGACGGUACGGUUCAGAGUUGAAUACAGGAGGAUGCCGCCAACUGAUUCAGAAGAUGACAUUGAUGAAUGGACAGUCACAGACACUUCAGAUGCACAGACCAGCUUCACACUGACUGGACUAAAGCCAGCAGACCGAUACUUGGUCCGAUACAAAGCAGUUAGUGAUGUGGGAGUGAGUGAAGCCAGCGACUCUGUCCCUUUCACCUUUUCUGAGAAGCCUAAUGUAGGAGUGAGUGAAGUGACCGACUCUGUCCCCUUCUCCAUUGAUCCGAAACUCAGUAUUAAAGUGGGCCAGUCAUGGAACCUCUUCACAUCUUCCCUCCUUAAUGAACUAAGGACUAAAAUAAUGACCAGUCUGGGCAUGUCACGAUGGUCUCUCUCUACUAUCAAGUCCGAGGUUACAAAUGUUGUUAACAGUCCUAGCACUCCUUAUGCUGCUGCAAUUCCUGGAGGGCUGAGAGAAGGAAAGGCUUUGUACUUUCAAGGGGUUGUUAGUGCAACUGGUCAAUCGAUUAUAUUGGAUUUUGUAACCCCGCUGGUGGUGGCUGGUGACAUCGCUUUUCACUUCAGGCCUUGUAUCAGUGACUGGAUUUGCUGCGACAGUCGCAGGAAUGGGAUGUGGGAGAAACAAGAAAAGACAUCUUGGUGUCAAAUUUCCAAAGGAUCAUCCUUUGACAUCUUUAUUGUGACCAAAACAGAAGGCUAUGAGGUAUAUAUAAAUGGGCAGAGGUCUUGCCUGUUCAAGCACCGCAUGCCAGUGGAGAAUGUGACUGCACUUAACUUUCAUGGAGAUGUCAUAAUAAACACUGUCGGUGUUGUUCCAAACUGGAACACAUCUACAUUUGGUAAGGAACUAAACUCUGGCACCUCACGCACAAAGCUUUCUGACAUCCAGUCUGAUGUGCCACAUCCAGUCUGCAACCCUAGCAAAUCAUAUUUGGAAUCAAUCCCUGGAGGCUUGAGACCUGGUGUGGCCUUGUUCUUCCAAGGGGUUGUUACUUCAGAUUGUGAACGCUUUGAUAUAAAUUUGCAGACCGGGCCAAAUCAACUUGAUGACAUCGCUCUCCACUUCAACCCCCGUUUGGACUCUAACUCUGUGGUCCGUAACAGCCGCAGGGAUGGGAUAUGGGAGAUUGAAGAAGUGACACCAGGAGGCCCAUUUGUCAAAGGAGGAGCCUUUGAUAUCAUCAUGGUUGUUAAACCAGAAGGAUAUGAGGUGAUGGUGAAUGGCCUGGAAUACUGCACGUUCAAUCACCGUAUACCAGUGGACAAAGUGACUACACUUGGCGUUAGGGGAGACGUCUUCAUGAACACCGUCAGCAUUAUUGAAGUGGAUGAUCUUAAUCUGAAAGUCACUAUUCCUGCCAAUAUUUGAGGAUUUGAAUCUUCCCCAAAAGCACUGGAAAUUUAAGAGGGUUUUGUUGUUGUUUUUAUAUUCUGCUCAAGUAUAUCAGAAUUCAAAAGUCAGCAGUUCGAGGACAUGAUUUGUGCUUUUAUUAUUCAGUCAUUUUUUUUUCUUGUGUAUUAAUGAAAUUUGUGUUGCUUAUUAUUGUUAGAAAUGAAUGCUAUAUAUUCUUUACUGCAGUUGUAUUGUACCUUAAUACAGUAAAUGAAACGGGUUUUGCAUUAUUCUAUAUAUAGACACAGAUGAAGCAGAAAUUAGAGCAGGUCAUGAUUAAAAUAAGUAAAUGUAGGUAUUCUGUUUCAGAGGAUGAGCUGUGUACUCCAUCAAAAGACAUAUCCUUUUUACUUGAUAAACCCAUUUUCCAAUAACAGAGGUUUUAAGUAAAAAUUCAGUGCAAUAGAGGUCUGGUAAUUAGCUAUUGUAACAAAACAAGUGUUCACUAGUUAACAUUUUCCUAUGAUUAUUUUUUUUCAAUCUGAUUAACACCAAAAACAAGGUUGAAGUUGACACAGUCUCUUAUUGAAGUUGUCAGUUCCACAUUAAAUACUGAUGCGAAUACAAUAUUGCACAGGUAAAGAGUACUCUUUGCUCAUUUUUAAAAACAUGAUCCAUGUGCAGUAUUGUAAAACAUAAAUGAAUUGGCUAAUUAUACCUCUUGCCCAAAUGUGUUUGAUGUUAUUACGAAUCGGGAAACUAUUUACUUCCUGAUAAAAUUUUAUGAACAAUGUACUGAUUAUAACCAUUGAAUAAAUAAUAAUAAAACUAAGGUUUGACACAUUGCCUGAACUUUAUUCUCUAUAAAUGCAUAAUCUGUCAUUUUAAACCCAAUGUGUCUUCUCUCUUAAAGGUAUCACAAUAUAUUGCAUAAAAAUGCUUAGAGAGAGCAAAUUAACUAAAAGCUGAUCAUAAUCACAUGCUUAUACAUCAGCCAAAACACAGAGGAAUAUUAUAUCCUAGAGCUCAUUCAUAGUCACUAAUACAUCCUUUUCUAAGUGCACCCUUUUGCUAAUGAGGAGCUCUGGUGUGCUUAAGCAAUUUAUAAAAGAAUAAUAUGGUUUAUGGAACAGGGACAAAGUCUAAAGAAGAUGAAUAAAAACCAGACAUUUUUCUGAAGGAAUGAUUCCUAGAAGAGUCUUCAAUACAAAUAUCAUUCAUGGUUCUCUCUCUCUCUCUCUCUCUCUCUCUCUCUGUGUGUGUGUGUGUGUGCAUGCAUGGUACAUGGCAUGCAUUCACAUAGGUACAGAAUGACAAACAAGCCACUGUCAGUUACUUCUGGGGAGCCCAAAAUAAAUGUAUCGUGUCAUAUUAAAACUGAUUUAUGUUUUCUCCCUUAAAGGAAUCAUAAUUUAUCAUAGAAAAUAAUUAGAAAGAGAGCAAAUGAGUCACACACAUUCACAAGUCACACACAUUCACAUCUAGAGUGAUCAAUUCACCUACCAGCAUUUUUUUUUUUUUGAGAUAGAGGAAAUCUCAGAACCCAGAAGCACCCAUAUGGACACUGGAGUUCUAUAGCGGAAUCUUCAGAUAAACAGAAUAAAACAUAGACAAUAGUUCCUAUGGUGAUGUUUUCUGUGAGGAUAUGUUUAUUUAGCAUUUAUGGAAGGAGUCUCCAGUAUCAUCGCUAUGACGUUGUCAGAGGUAAAGCAGUAUCUUUAGAUUUUCUUCACAGGAAAAUCUUCAGGACAGGGGAUUUUGCACUUUCUCAAGAACAUGACAAGCUGUUUUUUUUGUUUGUUUUUUUUUUGUCUUAUUAACUUUAAGAGAGAAAGGUGGUGAUGGUGUUUAUAGAUGCUAUAACAAAUGUUAACAGGAACUAAGUUGUUUUAAGGAUGUUCUAAAAUAUCAAACUAUAAACAGGUAAAAGUACAAAAUAUCAAUCUUCAGUAAAUAAGAAAAUAACUUGGCAAAUUGGUAUAAGACAAAUAAAAUACUUUGGGGCAUGCUUUUAUUGGCAAAUAAUCCACUUUAGGGUGGUAUCGAACUAGAUACCAGUCACUAGACUCAAGUUCAUAUGUGGCAAGCUGAUCGGUCUUGAGGAGAUGAUCCA